AUGUCGAAGCAAGCCGGCCGCGCGAACGGCGCUUCCACGAAGCGUCUCGCCGAAGAUGGCGGUGCGUCUCCUCUCUCCAAGUCUCUCUAUGGCUUGUCACUGCAGCACUCGUCUGGUUCCAAUGGCGUCACUGACUCUUCCUCAGACAUUUGCCCCGUCUGCAAAUCGUCACGCUACCUCAACCCUAACAUGAAGUUCAAGGUCAAUCCCGAGUGUUACCACAAGAUGUGCGAGUCGUGUGUAGAUCGUAUAUUCAGCCACGGACCCGCGCCAUGCCCAAUUGCUGGAUGCGCCAGGACGCUGAGGAAGGCCAAGUUUCGGACGCAGACCUUUGAGGACUUGAAGGUGGAGCGUGAAGUCGACAUACGGAGAAGAGUCGCGAGCGCCAUGAACAAAAAAGAGGACGACUUUGAGACGCUCAAAGACUACAACGACUACCUCGAAGAAGUUGAGACCAUCACGUGGAACUUGAUCCUGAAAGUCGACGUUGAUGCCACCGAGAGCCGCUUGCGACGAUGGGAAGAACACCAGAAGGCCGAGCUCAACCCGAAUGCCAUACGGCGCGACUACGACACGGUCCCGACCGACCACGUCGUGCUGAAGAAGGGUGGGACGCAGCGCAAGACGGCCUCGUCGACGAACACAUUACGAACGGUUGGAGAAGACCUUUCGGAAGACACGGGAUUUCACUUCCAUGGCCUCAAGAAGCGCGUUGCGCCGCCACCCGAGGCGCCUUUCGAUCCUUUCGGCGGCUGGAGCAUAGUGCCGCAAUACUACAGUCUGCAAGACAACUACGAUGUCGACUGGCUUACUAAGCAAAAGAACGACAUGGCUCAUACGGUGGGAGGAUACGACAUGCAAGACUUUUUCAAUCGAUCAUUGCGAGAUGCGUUUGGUGGAUUCGGCGUCUUCAUCGAGGAGGAAAUGAACGUGCGAGGAGUUCCUUCAGGCAAUGCUAAUAUUGCGACCGAGCGCGCGGUAGCAGCAGCGAAGGAUGUAAAUAUGGACGACGUGUUUUAG